AUGCACGACCGGGCUCCGUCGGACGGCUCUCCGGCCUCUCCGGCCGCUGCCGCCCGCGCUGCUGCCGAUCCGGUCCCUCUCACGAUCCGCACAAGCAACGACAACUUUGAGGUCGCCGGCUUUGGCCAGGCGCUCUCAUCAGCAAGUCACCCAGGCACCAACUCCUGGGCGUUUACGCUUGACUACGAAACCAUGCAGUGCAUGCAGCUCGAUCAAAACGGCGACGCCAACAUCUGGUCCCCUGGGCGAUCUUACAAUACAGAGUUUAAGAUCAAGCUUGUCAAGCUGGCACUCUCGCGGCCGAGCGGACAACGAAUCAAGCCCACCUGUCGCGAGUUCCCCGAGGUCCAGUUGAGGAAAUGGAUAAGAGCGUUCGAGGCGUCGGUGCUGGCGUCCCCCUUGGUGGGUAGCGCCCAAGCGCCCGCGACCACCGAGCCGGACGUGCAGGAUUCGGAUCCCAGCUUGGCAGUGGCUAGCGCCCAAGCGCCCGCGACCACCGAGCCGGACGUGCAGGAUUCGGAUCCCAGCUUGGCAGUGGCUGUGCCGGUGCUGGCACUCCCGCUCGCUGUGCCCUGUGGCAUCAUUAUGCAGGGCAGCUACGCCUUCGCUGCCGCCUCGCCGGCGGCUGCCUCGCCGCCCAUGCUACCCGCAUUGACCGUCCCUCCAACUGUGCGCGGGACCGCCAUCUCUCGGGAGCGGCCUGUCGUCGCGGCGGCUUCGCCAGUGGCCGCUGUAGCAGUGCUGGCAGCGCCUCCGGUUCCGGUGAUGCUGCUGGAGGCGCCGGCGCCGGCCGAGGCAGAAGCUGCUGAGGACUUGCUACUGCUGAGUCGGUGA